AUGUCAGCACCUACUAGCCUUGUUCCCGGAAACUACGUCAUCUUUGCAGAGGACCCCAGCAACACCGUUAAAACAGGAACACUCGUCAAUGGGCGAUCCAACUUUGCAGUUACAUGCCCCUUGUCCAGCGGAGGAAACUGCACCAUCACCACCCUCGCUACAACAUCUAGCGCCUCCCCCACUCAGAUCUGGCUCGUCACCGGAGAUGGUAUGAUCCUCUCCAAAUCCUCAUCCACCGGCCAACUUGCGCAAAGCCCGACAUUCUACAUGAGCUACAGCAACAAUUCACCCAACAUCGUCACUACAAGUGCACCAGCAUCACCAGCACCCACCACAAAAUUCGUGGCUCAAGUCUCUCAGAUGGCUGCAUCAAAUAAAGGGGAUACGACCACCUACCUCGCAACUCUUAUGACAACCGAUCUCACUGACCAGUUCUGGACUGUUGAUGACUUGCAAAACAAUGACAUCGUCAAAGCCAACACCGCACGCAGCGCCAAGAACUGGGUAUUCGUACCUGUCUAA